AUGGCUGAUCAUUUUGAAAACGAUCCGGGAUUUAUAUAUCUCGGUAUUUCCCGUGAAGCUCGCGCCACUAUGGCUGCGAGACCUUUCGAUUCUAAGAAGAACUGCUGGGUACCUGAUCCAGAAGAUGGCUUCAUUGCCGCCGAAAUCCAAUCAACUGAAGGAGAUCAGGUCACAGUUGUUACUGCUAAGGGAAACCAGAUCGUUGUCAAGAAGGAUGAAGCUCAGGAAAUGAAUCCUCCCAAGUACGAUAAGACCGAAGAUAUGGCUAACUUGACUUUCCUCAACGAAGCUUCCGUCCUCAAUAACUUGAAGGACCGUUAUAAGGAUAUGAUGAUCUACACAUACUCCGGACUUUUCUGUGUUGUAAUCAAUCCUUACAAGCGUCUCCCCAUUUACAGUGAAAGUGUCAUCAAGCACUACAUGGGAAAGAGAAGAAACGAGAUGCCACCUCAUCUUUUCGCCACCACUGAUGAGGCUUACAGAAAUAUGGUCCAAGACAAGGAAAAUCAGUCCAUGCUCAUUACUGGAGAAUCAGGAGCCGGUAAAACCGAAAACACAAAGAAAGUAAUUUCUUACUUUGCUGUCGUCGGAGCCAGUCAAAGUGGAAAUGCCAAAGAGGAUGGUAAGAAGGGAGGAACCCUCGAAGAGCAAAUUGUACAAACCAAUCCUGUACUCGAAGCUUUCGGAAACGCUAAGACUGUUCGUAACAACAACUCUUCUCGUUUCGGAAAGUUCAUUAGAACUCAUUUCUCCGCCUCAGGAAAGUUAGCUGGAGGAGAUAUCGAACAUUAUCUCUUAGAAAAAUCUCGUGUAGUUCGUCAAGCUGCAGGAGAAAGAUGUUACCACAUCUUCUAUCAAAUUAUGUCUGGAUUCGACCCCAGUCUUCGCGAGAAGUUGAAGCUCACAAACGACAUUUCCUACUAUCACUUCUGUUCUCAAGCCGAAUUGACCAUUGAAGGAGUUAACGAUCAAGAAGAAAUGGGUCUCACUGCUGAAGCUUUCAACAUCAUGGGCUUUGAAGACUUCGAAGUAAUGGAUCUCUACCGUGCUUGUGCUGGUAUCAUGCACAUGGGAGAGAUGAAGUUCAAGCAGAGACCACGUGAAGAGCAAGCUGAAGCUGAUGGUGAAGAUGAUGCUAUCAAUGCUGCCCUCAAUCUUGGUGUCAACCACGAAGAAUUCUUGAAAGCUUUGACCAAGCCAAGAGUACGUGUAGGAACUGAAUGGGUAAACAAAGGACAAAACUUGGAACAAGUCAACUGGGCUGUUUCUGGAUUGGCCAAGGCUAUCUACGCCCGUAUGUUCAAGUGGAUCAUCAACAGAUGUAACAAAACUCUUGAUGCUAAGGAGAUCGAGCGUCGCUUCUUCAUCGGAGUCUUGGAUAUUGCUGGAUUCGAAAUCUUCGACUUCAAUUCUUUCGAACAACUUUGGAUUAACUUCGUAAACGAGCGUCUCCAACAGUUCUUCAACCACCACAUGUUCGUACUCGAACAAGAAGAGUACAAGCGUGAAGGAAUUCAAUGGACUUUCAUUGAUUUCGGACUCGAUCUUCAAGCUUGUAUCGAGCUCAUUGAGAAGCCUCUUGGUAUCAUCUCUAUUCUCGAUGAAGAAUGUAUCGUUCCAAAGGCUUCUGACAUGACCUAUGUCCAGAAGCUCUUGGAUCAACAUCUUGGAAAGCACCCCAACUUCCAAAAGCCCAAGCCACCUAAAGGCAAACAAGCCGAGGCUCACUUUGCCAUCGUCCACUACGCUGGAACUGUCCGUUACAACGGUACCAACUUCUUGGAGAAGAACAAGGAUCCUCUUAACGAUACUGCUGUUGCUCUCUUGAAGCACGGAGAGGGAGUCAAACUCAUGCUUGACAUCUGGGAGGAUUACCAAACUCAAGAGGAAGCUGCUGAGGCUGCUAAGGCUGGAACUGGAGGAGCCAAGAAGAAGGGUAAAUCCUCUUCUUUCAUGACUGUCUCUAUGAUCUACAGAGAGUCUUUGAACAACCUCAUGAACAUGUUGUACCAAACCCAUCCUCACUUCAUCCGUUGUAUCAUCCCCAACGAGAAGAAGCUUUCAGGUUACAUCGACUCUGCUCUCGUUUUGAACCAGCUCACUUGCAACGGAGUACUGGAAGGUAUCCGUAUUUGCAGAAAGGGAUUCCCCAACAGAAUGCUUUACGACGACUUCAAGCAUCGUUACGCCAUCCUGGCCGCUGAUGCCGCUAAAGAUUCUGAUGUCAAGAAGGCCUCUACUGGAAUUCUCGACAAACUCGCCAACGAAGGAUCUCUCAGUGAUGAAGAAUUCAAAGUCGGAAACACCAAGGUGUUCUUCAAGGCUGGUAUCCUCGCUCGUCUUGAGGAUCUCCGUGACGAGAUUCUCGCUAAGAUCAUGACUAUGCUCCAGAGCAGAGUCAGAUACUACUUGGCCCAAAACGAAGUUAGACGUCGUCAAGAUCAACAGUCUGGACUUCUUGUUGUUCAACGCAACGUUCGCUCUUGGUGCACUCUUCGUACCUGGGAUUGGUUCAAGCUUUACGGAAAGGUCAAGCCAAUGCUCAAGGCCGACAAGGAACAAGAAGCUGUCGGAGCUCUUGCCGAGAAGAUCAAGGGACUCGAGGAAGCCGUUGCCAGAGGUGAAAUCGUUCGUGCUGAACUGGAAACUAAGGUUGCCGAUUUGGUUGAAGAAAAGAACCAGCUCUUCUCCUCUCUCGAAAAGGAGAAGGCUAAUCUCCAAGAGAGCGAGGAGAGAAACCAAAAGCUUCAGCAAAUCAAGGCCGAUCUCGAUCGCCAAUUGAACGAUGUUCAAGACCGUCUUGCUGAUAUGGAGGAGAGAAAUAACGAUCUCCUGAGACAGAAGAAGAAGCAAGAACAAGAAAUCUCUGAUGCUAAGAAGCAUGCUCAGGAUCUUGAACUCUCUUUGAAGAAGGCUGAGAGCGAGAAACAAUCUCGUGAUCACAACAUUCGUUCUCUUCAAGACGAGAUGGCUAACCUCGAUGAGAAUGUAGCCAGACUCAACAAAGAGAAGAAGCACCAGGAAGAAGUCAACCGCAAGCUCUUGGAAGACUUACAAGCUGAAGAGGAUCGCGUAAACCACAUGGAAAAAUUACGCUCCAAGCUCGAAACUCAACUCGACGAUGUUGAAGAUACCAUGGAUCGUGAGAAGAGAAACCGCCAAGACUUAGAGAAGGCUAAGAGAAAGGUAGAAGGUGAACUCAAAGUUUCCCAGGAGACCGUUGAUGAGAUCACUAAGCAGAAGCACGAUAUCGAGAACAACCUCAAAAAGAAGGAAACCGAACUUCAUCAUGUUGCUAGCAAGCUCGAAGAAGAGCAAGCUAUUGCUUCCAAGCUUCAACGCCAAAUCAAGGAACUUCAAGCUCGCAUUCAAGAGCUUGAGGAAGAACUUGAGAACGAACGUCAGAGCCGUUCCAAAUCUGACCGCUCUCGUGCUGAGCUCCAACGUGAACUUGAGGAGAUCACUGAGCGCCUCGAAGAACAAGGAGGAGCUACAGCUGUUCAAAUCGAAGCCAAUAAGAAACGUGAAGCUGAGCUUGCUAAGCUUCGUCGUGAUCUUGAAGAAUCUUCUCUUAACCACGAAACUCAAGUAUCCAGCCUUCGUAAGAAGCAUAAUGAUGCUGUAUCCGAAUUGACCGACCAACUUGAGACAAUUCAAAAGUUGAAAGCCAAGGGAGAUAAGGAUCGUGCUCAACUCCAGCGCGAUUUCGAAUCUGCUCAAGCCAAUGUUGAUAGCGAGAACCGUGCUCGUCAAGAUGUAGAAAAGGCUUUGAAGACUUUGGAAGUUCAGUAUGCUGAAAUUCAAACUAAGGCUGAUGAACAAGCACGUCAACUCAAUGACUUUGCCUCCCUCAAGAACCGUUUGAAUAAUGAGAACGGAGACCUUGGAAGACAACUUGAAGACUUGGAAGGACAAUUGAAUGGCGUCCAUCGCAUCAAGGCUCAGCUCCACAGUCAACUUGAUGAGACUAAGAGAAACCUUGACGAAGAAACCCGUGAACGUCAAGCUCUUGCUGCCCAAGCUAAGAACUUCGAGCACGAGAACGACAGCCUUCGCGAGCAAUUGGAUGAAGAGCAAGAAGCCAAGGCAGAGCUUUUGAGACAAAUCAGCAAGCAAAACGCUGAAAUCCAGCAAUGGAAAGCCAAGUUCGAAAGCGAAGGAUUGGCUAAGUUGGAUGAAAUCGAAGAAGCCAAGAAGAAGUUGCAACUCAAAGUUCAAGAGCUUUCUGAUGCCAACGAAACAGCUUUCGCCAAGAUUGGUAGCUUAGAGAAGGUUCGUCAUAAGCUCAUGCAAGACUUGGAUGAUGCUCAAGUUGACGUUGAACGUGCUGCUGCUUACGCCGCUGCUUUGGAGAAGAAACAGAAAGGAUUCGACAGAAUCAUCGACGAAUGGAAGAAGAAGUCGGAUGAUCUCUCCGCUGAACUUGAUGCAGCUCAGAGAGACAACCGUAACUUGGCUACCGAUUUGUUCAAGGCCAAGACUAUCCAGGACGAACUUGCCGAGCAUGUCGAAUCCGUUCGUCGUGAGAACAAGCAACUCGCUCAGGAAGUCAAGGACUUGACUGACCAACUUGGAGAAGGAGGACGUUCCGUUCACGAGCUCCAGAAGAUUGUCAGACGCUUGGAAGUUGAGAAGGAGGAACUCCAAAAGGGUCUCGAUGAGGCCGAAGCUGCCUUGGAAGCUGAAGAAGCCAAGGUUCUUCGUGCUCAAAUCGAAGUUUCUCAAAUCCGCUCCGAAAUCGAGAAGCGUAUCCAAGAGAAGGAGGAAGAAUUCGAGAACACCCGUAAGAACCACCAACGUGCUCUUGAGUCUAUGCAAACCACCCUCGAAGCCGAAGUUAAGCACAAGGAAGAGGCUCUUAGAAUCAAGAAGAAACUCGAAAGCGAUAUCAACGAACUCGAGAUAGCUCUUGAUCAUGCCAACAGAGCUAAUGCUGAUGCUCAGAAGACUAUCAAGAAGUACAUGGAAACUGUUCGUGAACUCCAAAUCCAAGUUGAAGAGGAACAGAGACAGAAGGACGAGAUCAGAGAAUGCUUCCUUGCCUCAGAGAAGAGAAAUGCUCUUCUCCAACAAGAAAAGGAGGAGCUUCACCAGCAGGCUGAAGCCGCCGAGAGAGCUCGUCGCAAUGCUGAGGCUGAAUUGAUUGACCUCCGUGAACAAUUCAAUGAUGCCUCUGCUCAGCUUAACGCUAUCAUUGGAAUCAAGAGAAAGAUCGAAGGAGAACUCCAAGCCAUGCACGCCGAACUUGAUGAAGCUUUGGUUGAGCUCAAGAAUGCCGAUGAAAUCGGAAAGAAGGCCGCUGCUGAUGCUGCCCGACUUGCUGAAGAAUUACGUCAAGAACAAGAACACAGCAUGCACAUCGAGAGAAUCCGUAAAGGUCUUGAAAUCCAGAUCAAGGAGAUGCAAGUUAGAUUGGACGAAGCUGAGGCUGCUGCAUUGAAGGGAGGAAAGAAGAUCAUUGCUCAACUCGAGACCCGCAUCAGAAGCUUAGAACAAGACUUGGACGGAGAGAUGAGACGCCAUCAAGAUACUGACAAGAACUACCGCAAAUCCGAACGACGUGUUAAGGAGCUUGAAUUCCAACUUGAAGAAGAUAAGAAGAAUGUCGAACGACUCACUGACUUGAUCGACAAGCUCCAAGCUAAAUUGAAGGUCUUCAAGAGACAAGCUGAAGAAGCUGAAGAGGUAGCUGCCACCAACCUCGGAAAGUACAAGCAACUUCUCGCCCAACUCGAAGAUUCCGAAGAGAGAGCCGAGAUUGCUGAAAAUGCCUUGAGUAAAAUGCGUAAUAAGAUCCGUGCUAGCGCCAGUGUAGCUCCAACAGGAGGAUUGCUUCAAUCCGCUAGCAGUGCUGUGAUGAGGAGUACCUCAUUCGCCCGCGAUUUCUAA